AAAGUGCUAGUGAUGGUGAUACACAGAAUUCCAAAGAUUCCAAAGAUUCAAAAGUGGAAGAAAAGAAACCGGAGUUAAACAUGGAUAGAGAUGUAUUAGUGUGUAAUCGUUAUGAGACUGCCAUGAGUACAGCAUAUAGUUUUCUAUCAGUGUUCCUUCAAAAAACGGGCAGCAAAAGUGAGGAGAUCGAUUAUCGACCUCUGUUUGAAAAUUUUGUUCAAGAUCUCCUUGCCACAGUGAACAAGCCUGAAUGGCCAGCUGCAGAACUACUCUUGUCACUCUUAGGCAAACUUCUAGUACAAAAAUUCAGCAACAAAAACACAGACAUGGCCCUUAGGGUAUCAUCUCUGGACUGCUUGGGGGUAGUGGCAGCAAAGUUACGACGUGAUGCUGUGUCUUCCCAAUUGGAACUUGAAAAUAUUAAAAGUAUAAUCCAAGAAGUCAAGGAGGAAGAGAAUCGUGAUGCGCCCAUGCUUGAAGAUGGCUCUCCUCCCACUGAAAAUGGCACCACAGGUCCAUCUACACCAUCCAGUAAGAAGAGCAAAAAGAAGAAGGGUAGUAGUGAAAAGGCCAAAGAAGCAGAGGCUCAAUCAGAUGAAGAGGAGGAGAGGACCAUGUUUUUGCAGAGAGUCCUCUUGGACUGGCUUGCUGUAAACUCAGGAAGUGAGACAGCACUCUUGCAUGCUCGUCAUUUCUACAUCGGGCAGUGGUAUAGGGAAGCUUACACAGAGAUUAUGCGUCAGAAGCAAGGACCAUUACCACAGUCAAAUACUCGAAAAGGAGCUAGCCACAAUAAAAAGAAAAGAAAGAGAAAAGGAGAUGAGAGUGAAGAAGAGAGCACAGGUGAAUCUGACGAUGAUGAUGAUGACGACGAUGUUAAGAAGGGCCAGGUUGAUGAAGCUCUUGCUGCUGAGGUCACACAGUUAGCAGAGAGGCGUAAACUCUUCCUUCUUACAAAGGUCCCAGCCUUCCCACCUGCCUCGCCAGGAGCAAAAACACAGACACUUCAGACCCAUAUUGGCUAUGAAAAUGCUGAGCUCAUUACCAGAUAUUUAGCCUCUAAGAGACCAUUCUCUCAGAGUUUUGAUAUGUAUCUGAAACAGAUUUUGAGAGUAUUAACAGAGUCAGCCAUUGCGGUGCGCACGAAGGCCAUGAAGUGCCUGACUAUGGUGGUAGAAGCUGAUCCAGGAGUUUUGUCAAGGAAUGAUAUGCAGAUGGGUGUGCAUCACUCAUUCUUAGACCACUCCACCUCUGUAAGAGAAGCAGCUGUUGACUUGGUUGGAAAAUUUGUCCUAUCACGCCCAGAAGUCUUGAACACAUAUUAUAAUAUGAUUGCUGCUAGAAUUUUGGACACGGGUGUUAGUGUAAGAAAAAGAGUCAUCAAGAUUUUAAAGGAUAUCUGCCUAGAGUGUCCAGACUUCAACAAAAUUCCAGAGAUUUGUGUAAAAAUGAUCCGAAGAGUCAAUGACGAGGAGGGUAUCAAAAAACUAGUUCAGGAGGUCUUCCAGAACAUGUGGUUCACACCUGUGCGAGAGAGACCACAAUUAGACGAAGAGUCAUUAUUGAGAAAAGUAAACAAUAUCACAGAAGUGGUUAUAGCCUGCAAAGAUACUGGCUUGGAUUGGUUUGAACAGCUAUUGCACAGUAUGUUUCGGCCAAAGGAAGACAAAGAUGAUGUUACAAAGGUCAAUACAGAACCUCCAAAGUCAUUAGUAACAGCUUGCAAGCAGAUCGUAGACUGUUUGGUGAGACAUAUCUUGGUGCUGGAAGAGGGAGACCUGGAGAACCAGCCUACAGAUCAGCCAAGAACCACAUCACAGCGUCUUUUGGCAUGUCACCAGACACUCUACCUCUUUGCUAAAAUCCGUCCCCAGCUUUUGGUGGACCAUGCUAUUACACUGCAACCAUAUUUGGCAUGGAGGUGUCGGACGCAAGUGGAUUACACAAUGAUUGGUGUGGUGGCUCGAACUUUAGAAUUGGUUGUGCCUUUGAUGGAACACCCUAGUGAGACUUUCUUGUCUCAGCUAGAAGAGGAUGCGGUCAAAUUAAUCUUACAACAUGAUCGCACAGUUAUAACAUCUUGCUUGGCUCUUCUAGGUUCUAUAGUCAACACUGUCACUAAAAACUACAGAUUGAUCAAAGAUUGCUUUAACAGGUAUCACAGCUUUAUUUCUGACUACAAAAGGCUGAAUGAGGAAAACCCAGAAAAUCCUCGACUCGAGAAUUACAAGCCCUUCUUCAGAAGAGCUCUCUAUACCAUUGGCCUCCUGCUGAAACACUUUGACCUCAAGAACCAAGUAGUGAGAUGUGGGCUGCCGGAUAACAUCACCGAGCAAGUAUUUGAGACCUUGAUGUACUUCAUGGGUUUGCCAGAUAUAAACUUGCAGUACUGUACCCUUCAAGCUGUAGGGUUUGUUUGCAUACGCCACUACGAACUGAUGAUGGGGUCUCGCCUAAAGCAGCUGUACCAUAUGAUGUUACUCGACCCGUCCGUUAACACCAAGCUGCGCAUCCAGACCCUACAAAAUGUGGAGACUUACCUCCAAGAGGAAGAAAUCAGGAUGAUCAAGCAGGAUCAAGAGUGGGCAAAACAAAAAACUCGUGAAAAUUUGAAAGAAAUGUGUGAUGUUCAGUCUGGUAUGGCAUCAGCAAUCAUCCAAAUGUAUCUCAAAGAGGUUUUAGAGUGUGUAGUAGCUGGCUGUGUGGUUGUCCGCCACUCAGCACUACGAGUGAUUCAGCUGGUGUUAGCACAAGGUCUUGUCCACCCCGUCCAGAUUGUACCUUACUUGGUCUGCAUGUCUACAGACACAGAGGAAAUCAUUGCACAUUCAGCAGAUAAGCAGCUGCAGGACAUAGAGAAGAAAUACCCAGGCUUUAUUGGGAUGAAAGCUAUGCAAGGUUUCCGGCUGUCUUACAGGUUGCAGUCAUUGAUUCAACCAGCAAUGCCUACACGUGGAUUUCGGACCAAGGAAGGGGAACUCCCUGGAGCUCUUAAUGGUUUCUUAUAUUCUAUUAUGCGCACGACCAAGCAACACAGAAGAGCAGUGGCCUUUUCCUUACUGAAGCAGUUUGAAGAGCAGGCACGGACCAGUUUGACUGAACUCUUGUUUAUAGCAGACAAUCUAGCAUACUUUCCCUAUCAGGUGCUAGAUGAACCAUUAUUCAUUAUACACCAUAUAGAUAUAAUGAUCUCUGUCACGGGUACUAAUCUGCUCCAGAACUUCAGGGAGGCCCUCCUCCCACCUCCAAAUGCAGAGAUGAAAAUAAACCCAGAAACUAGACAGCCAGAGUAUGUAGAUGACUUGGAUGACGAGGAGGAUGUAGAAGUGUAUUUAUCCCGCCUCCCACCUUGCCUCACUCCACUUGUGGAAUGUAUCAAUGCCUCUCAGGGAUGCCUCCUGUUGCUCAUGUUGAAGGAGCAUUUGAAGGAGAUCUAUGGCAUUACAGAUGGGAAAAUUUCACAGUAUUCACCCUCCGACACAUCGAAGCAGUAUGAAAAGGGAGCUUCUAGAAAAAGUGCGUCGAAGUUUAACCCCAAAGCUAUUCUAAAACGAUUAAAGGAAGAACCUGUAAAUGACGUUGACAUGGUAGAUGACACUCGGCAGAAGGUUGACCUCAUCACGCAGUACCUUGAUUUCAAGGCACUCAUGCUAAAGAUUGAUCCUGAUGAUGAUGAUGACGAAGAUUCUGAUACUGAUAUGGCAAAGAAAUCAUUCCAGAAUGAUGGCAGUACACCACUGCCAAAUACAAGAUCAUUAAGAACAAACCAGAAUCCUAGUGACGUUCCCUUGCUGCCUGGAACACACGACGGAUGGAAGGAUCAACCCAAGGAUGCAGAAGCAACAGCAGAAACCCUCACAGCACCAGAUUGCAAUGUAGUAGAAACCAAAACGGAAGAGCAGCCUGCAACACGUCGCACACCAAUCAAGCCCAUAACGAUCCGUGCGUCCCAAGUUACUCCCACAAGGGAACACCGUUCUCACCACCACCACCACCGAUCCUCUCAUCGUUCUUCCAGCCACAAAAAGCACAAAAAGAAGAAAAAACGGAAGAAGGCCAGUGACUCUGAGGAAGAAGAAAGUGAAUUUAGUGAUCCAGAUUUCCUAGUAUAGUUGGGAUGAUCGUGUGUUAGAACCUCUGUGCUGUGGCUUAUACCCAGCUCAAACUGUGUGAUGCACUGGACACACAAGACAUUAACAAAUUAUUUCUUCAUGGAGGUUUCAGAUGAAGGGAGGAAGAAUUUUUUGUGAUGCUAAAGUGACCUUUAUAUUAAACAAAGAGCGUGAAUAAACUGGAUAAGGAUAUAAAUCAGGAAAUGAAGAUAUUUUUAUUCCAAGCAAUACAGUAGUUAAGGAAAUUUUGUCGUGCAUUCAGUUUUUGCACAAAAUGAAAUAUGAAUUGUGGGGCCUUCAGAUAUUGGCAAUUAAUGGACACAAAGUGGAAAAAAAUUGGAAAGCCGCAAUUGAAAGGAGGCAUUUGGACCAAAUAUUUAGAAGAACUUGAAAAAGUUCUUUCAUGUAUCAGGAAAUUUUUUUUAUCUUCAUUUUUCCAAUGGACAAAGGAGUGACAGUGGACAAGAAAUACAACUUCAGUGUGGUGAGGGAAGUUCCCAGCAAAUGGUAAUGAAUCAGUGAGAAUAUAUUUAUUAUUUAUUGUACAGUAAUAACUUGACACUGGUAGUUUCUUUACUAUUUAUUGGAGAAGUGAAUUCCCCCAUUCAUGAACAAUGUUACGAGAAUGCUCUGGUUGUGAGGGUUUGGGGCAUGUUGAAGUGUACACCAACUGAUGGAUGACAUAUAAGGGAGGCUGUAUUAUUUCUUUUAACAUACAUAUAUUUGUAAUUUUUUUUCUUUUUUCUUUUUUUCUUUUUUUUAUGGAAGGAAAAGACUGUGAGUUGUAUUAACUUUCUCUUAUCUUAUCUUUUUUUCUCUUUUCUUUUCUCUCUCUCUCUCUCUCUCUCUCUCUCUCUCUCUCAAAAAUUUUUGCAUUUGAUUUUAUUUUUUAUUUAUUUAUUAUUUUUUCUUCUUCCCACUUUUUUCAUUGUACUUUCUUUUUCCAGUGCAAUUUUAUAUACAGCUCGCUGAAGGACCAGAUGACCUUGACCUGUAGGUAACUUUUAAUUGGAAUCCUUCUGUUGUCUUGUUUGUGCACAAAUGUUCAAUAUUUGAACUGCUGGACUUAUGCAAUGUUUUAUACCAAUGACCAAAUCUAGUAGAUUCAAAGAAGAUUAUUUGCCUGUGUGAUAUCAACUCCUCUUAUACACAUUUUCCUGCCAAAUACUUGCGUGAAUACAGCAAUGAAAGACUGCCAUACAAAAGCACAUUUUGUGAAAUAAGUCCAAAAAAGGAGUCAAAUUGUCAUUUUGUGAAUAUAGUGUGACCACUAACUGCAUAAGUAUGUGUUCCAUAAUAUUUGUCUAUUUUUACCUGAACGUAGUGAUGUCACUUAUUGGAGUUUAGCAUAGAGAGCAUAGGAUGAACUCUAGUAAUGGUCUGUAUAUCUGCAUCCUGCAAGUGAACUCAUUUUUUAUUGGAUAAAUGCCGUACAUAAUUGUAUGUAUACUUGUGAAUAGCAAAGUCUCCCCUAUGCGAUUUCUGCAAAGACAAGAAGUUUUCCCUCAUUACUUAUUUUUUAUAGAUAACUGGCAAAGUCUGAGCUGUUUUCAUUUUUAUACCAAGCUGGAUAUGAAAAAAUUUUGAUUGCCUUUUAUGACAUUCUUCUACAGAUUAAGCAGCACAGACUUAUGCCCAUGUUUUUGUAGUAGUUACCUUAUUGUCCAUUCUUUAUUCAUGAACCAAACUGGCAUGAUUAUAUCUCAUCACACUGGGUGGAGGGGUAGAGAUGGCACCCUCACAACCACAACCUGCAGUUUGACAAUAUCUUGACAUAAUUACAUGUAAACAUACACACAUUUUAUUAUAGCAGCCCACUGAUCUGCCUCACCACACACAAUGGCCUUGAUGGGUAGGCAGAACACAUAUCAAACUUGUCAUGUGUAGUGGAGUGAGGCCUCAUCUCCCCACCACUCUUCAUCAUCUCUGAACCACCACAUGUCAGUCACAGAGAGGAGCUCCAUUAGAGACAUUAAAUGAUCAGCAAAGGAAUAAAA